AUGUAAAUAUACCCUAUAUAUGGCGAUGAUUCUCCUAUAAAUGAAGUUACAUCUGGGAGUGGACAUAAAAGUGGAUCAAAUUAAAUAAAGAAACUUCAUAUAGCUAAGACUUCUCGAUAUCUGUAUUAGAAUAUUGUAAAGAAUAGAUUGCCACUUUAUAAUCCACCUUCAAUUGAAUCAAGAAUUACAUUAUCAAGAACAGACUCUCAUUUGAAGUUAAGUUUUGUUAGUCAUUCAUAACAGAUGAGGAGGAAUGCAAAAUGUGAAUUUCGUCAAAUAAGUAGAAAAUUGAUUCAUGCAAUGAAUUUUGUGAAAGAACUUAGAUAAUAUGCUGAAUAAUUAAGGACAUAACAUAUGGAAUAUAAAUAUCGGCAUCGUAACUUUUUGCCUUUGUAUCCAGAUGAUAAAAUGUAUAUCAUAUGGAUAGUAUUAAUGAAAGGGUUGCAUUGCUUUGCCUCAAUAAUUUUGCCUUUUGAAUUGGCAUUCCAAGUAUUGUAGCUAAAAAUAUUAAGGGAGUCGGAACAAUAGUGACUCAAAUACUUUCUGCAAUAUUUGCAAUAGAUAUCCUCUUUAAUUGCAUAAGUUGUCACAUAGAUGAGCAUAACAUUCUUUUGCAUACUUUCGAUGCAAUAAUUCCCUAUUAUGUAAAAAGAUGGUUUUUAAUUGAUUUAAUAUCUAUAAUCCCAUUCGAAGAUUUCGAAAGUACUUAAAUAUUGGGAUUAAUGAGAUUAUUUAGAAUAGCUAAAUAUUUUAUGUAUGAAAGACGUGAAAAUUACCAUACAGCUAAUGAUAUAAUUAAGAAGAAGGAAAUUAUAGUAAUUGAAGAUUUAUCCUAUAGAGAAGAUUAUAAUAUAGAUUUGAGAAUAAGAAGAGUAGUAACCAUAUUUAUAGAUAUGGUAAUAUUGACUCAUAUAUUUGCAUGUUUAUGGUUUUGGAGUGCUAGAAUAGAUGAAUUUAAUUAGGAUACAUGGGUAGUAAGAGAAAAUGUUUAAGAUUUUAAUAUAGGAAAAUAGUAUCUUAUUUGUUUUUAUUGGGCAAUAUAAACAGUGACUGUUAUAGGAUAUGGAGAUGUUGCUGCUCAUACAUCUUUUGAAUUCUUUCUUUAAAUAAUAUGGAUGCUAAUUGGAGUUGGAUUCUAUUCAUUUACUAUAGGUGAUAUUACUUGUAUUUUGGUGAAUGUUAAUCCACUUUAAGAAUAUGAAGAUUAAUUAAUAUUAUUAGAGGAAUUGGGAGAUUAAACAUUUAUGAUUGAUGAAAUACUCAAAGAAUUAAUACAAUUUGCUAAAUUCAAUAUAUCUCAUAAUCCAUUUUGGGCACGUAAUACAAUUGAGAUGGUAUAAGCUUUACCUUGGAGUAUGAGAUAAUAUAUUAUUGCAUCAACUCAUAGAGAAAUACUCAAAAUGGUUCCAUUUAUUGCCAAUGACAUUAAUUUCUCUACUAUGGUAUUACCUUAUUGUACUUUUGCUAAAUAUGAUGAAUAUUCUACAAUAUAUCAUAUAGGUUAAAGUUCUUCUGAUUUCUAUUAUUUAUUAAGUGGUGAUGUAAGAUUAUCUGAUGCUUCUGGUGAAUGUAUAAUAAGAGUUAUGGAAGGAACAGUUUUUGGAGAAGUAGAAUCAAUUGAAUAGACUUUAAGAAGAUGGCAUGCUCAUGCUGUUACAAAAAGUGUUGUUUUAAUGUGUCCAGGUAGAUUUUUUGAAUCUUUAAUCAAAUAAAAUUCUACUCAGUUUUUUGAAUUAUAUUAGAUGUAUAAAAGAAGGAAAAUCUUAUUAUCUGAUUAUGCAGAAUAAAAAUAAAGUAAUAUUUAUAUAUCAAUUAUUUUAGGAUAAGCUGUUAGACUUAAAAGAUCUACAGCCAUAAUUGUAGAAGGUAAAGUAGUUUAAACACAAUAAGUUAGGAGAUCAAGUGAAAAUAGAUAAUAAUUCAAAUCAAAAAUAGAUUGUAGAAAUUACAUCAGUGUAUAAUAGGAUUUAAUGUUAUCAGUUGUUGGUUAAAAGUAAGCAAGGAAGAAAUUAUUAAGAGAGAAAUUUAGAUUGGUAUAUUUUAUAUAUAUAAAUAAAGGCUGUUGAUAGAAUUAAAUAAAUGAUAGUUAGAACAAAGAAAAGAAGAGGUGCAUUAGUUGCAGAUCCAGAUUAUAAAAUCAUUAGAGAAUUGAUUGCUACAAGAAGUCAAUAGACAAUUUAAACUAAUAUGUUUGAUAGUAAUAAUUAUUUACAAAAAUUAAUGAAUAAAUUUGGUAAAGUUGUAGAAGAAGAAAAUUUAGUAUAAUCUUUUAUAAUAAAAAAAAAAUAAGAAUCUUAUGAAAAAAUUAAGAGAAUGAAAUUUAAGAAACUUGUUGGUGAAUGGAAUAAAAGUAAACAUCGUAAAUCAGUAAAAAGAGAAAUUGAUCUCUAUUAUUCAUGGUUUCAUGAAUUAAUAUAUUAAGAACUUUUAUAAACUAGAAUUGAUCAAAAAUAAAAGAUCAAAACUAAAUAAGAUAAUAUUAGAAAGAAUUCAGUUUAAUAACUUAAAGUAUUAAAUUUAAAUGUUAAUUAUAUAAUACAAUUAGCAAUGAAAUUUUCAAUUCAUAAAUUUGAAAUAAUGAAAACUGAAAGAGAAAUUGAUCUAAUUAUUGAUGAAUGCCAAUCUAUCGUAUAAUAAAUUAUGUGA